UAUAAAUUCAAGAUUGCUUACUGUUUCCUCCUCUCUCUUUCUCUCUCUCUCUGUUGUGCGUAUGUAUUCUUUCAUUUCCUCUUUCUCCACCCUCCAUUUCACUUUCAUCUCAUCUCCCAAAAUCCUUUUUCUAUUUUUCUCUCUCCCUCUCUUCUGUUAAACAGUUGUGUUUGUAGAUCUGUUGAUUCAUCUGGCUGCUGUUUCACUGGACUGCUAAGGAAAAAGUGCGUUAAUCUUCUCGCACUACAGUACUAUCUCAAACCCUCUUUGAGAUUGUUAGCUGGGUAUAAUAUAGCCUAAUGCAGGGGCAACGGAAUGGCAUUGGUUCCGUCCGAGAAACUUUAGGUUUCAAUCAUGGUUCGACGCCUAAUGAAGGUGGUGUUGAUCAGCAGAUAAGUUGGGAUAAUUUGCAAAAUCCUGUACAGAAUAACCUGCCAGAUUAUAUGGUUUCUUCUAAUGAGUCCGAUAUUCCAUUCUUCAAUCCUAUGAGCCAAGAGAGACAGAAUGUAACCAGGGGGAGUUUAGGAGAGUCCAGCUCCUCUAUUGCACCUAAUCGUGCAAGUCAGAGUGAAUGGAGAACAGAUCAUGGAUGGUCAUCCACAAUGACGGCAUAUACUGGACCUUCACUUAUCUGUAACGAACAGCGAUGUGGGGCUUCUAACAUUCUGUCAUUGGAUGAUAUUGAAGGAUCUUUAAUCAGCCAUCGAAGAGGUAAUAGCACUUUAUUUUCUCAAGGUUCUAGUUCUAGCACUAUUCCUCAUGAAAUCAACAGAAAUCCAGUAUUGGAGGGGCACAGUGACAAUAAUGAUGACGACGAUGAUUGUCAAGUGAUGGAGUAUACUCCAUACAAGUCUGAUAGUAGACCAGGAAAAGAGCGAAUGUCAUCUGCUGGUACUUAUGGAACUAAUGGGUUUUUGAUGGAUGAUAGUGAUGGCAGGCCAGAAAGUUCACCGGAUUCUAGGCGUAAGAGAAAAGCACUUGAAGGAUGUCUAGCACAAUCUUCAGGGGGUGGAAGUUCUGAUUAUUUUCCUCUUGCUGAAAGUAGCUUAUGGCAUUCUGUACCUGCUCCACAUAGUACGGGUACAGGUACAAAUAUCUCUGCUCCAAGCGAAAGUGUCAGAAGCAUCAAUAUGUCAGAGCACGCGAUCCCAAGACUUGGGCUUACCAUGGGUGGAGCCGUCGCGGAAACUCCUCUUGGUACUCCGGCUUCAAGAAGUGCAGAAAGUUCUCAUAGAAAUUUUAGGUUGAGAAUUGAUGGCUCACGUCAGCAAGAUUAUCUUCCUAAUGAUUUCUUUCCUGAUGUGGAUGAUGUUGGAAAUGUUAAUCUGUCAUCUGAACAGCAAUUACCAGAGCUACUUCCUAAUAUGCCUUUGGAUUUGAGGUCUGUGUCUACUGCAGAGAGUGGAAAUACUCAAAGGCAUCCUGUUGUAAUGCGUGUUCCUUCUCUGCAUCGACGUGCACAUGCUAGGUGGAGUUCAGGAUCAAGUUCCAGAACUGGCAGUUCCUCAAUUUUUGCUCGAGAGAGAAAUUCAGCUACUUUGGAAGAGCCUAACUCAAGAAGCAUGUCAAGAAACAUCUCACAACAUCCUAUGUUCAUACCUUCAACUGAUGGGAGAAACUUGAACCAAAAUCUUGCCAACUCGAAUUUAGCUGGAAUAAAUAUUUCUGUUAAUGGAAAUGUCGCAUCGAAUUCUCUCAGUAGCUCUAGUUCAGGUUUAACUGGAAGAAAUAUUUCUGUUGCUGGAAAUGUUGCGUCCACUUCUCGCAAUAGCUCCAGUUCAGGGGUCCAUACAUCUUCUCCUACUAGGGUUCUUCACAGAUCUCCUCAAUAUCACCGGAGACUGUCCGAAUUAGUCCGUAGAUCUUUGUUGUCUUCAGCUGCCACUGGGCCUGGAGGUCAUAGUGGUCCAUUACGUUUAAGUUCUGCUGUCUCACAGGAAAUGGGACAAACUGGAAACCAUGAGCAUCGUGCAUCGAGUUCAAGGUCAGCAAUGAUGUCGGAACAACAUCUUGAUGGCGCUAUAGGAGUCCAUUCUUCCUCGAGGACUUUGGCUGCUGCACGCGAAGGAAGAAGUAGGCUAGUCUCUGAGAUUCGUGGUGUGUUAGAUCUUAUGCGCAGGGGUGAGGGCCUAAGCAUUGAGGAUGUUAUGAUCCUUGAUCAGUCGAUCUUCUUUGGGAUGCCGGAUAUUCAAGAUCGGCAUAGGGAUAUGCGGCUUGAUGUUGAUAAUAUGUCAUAUGAGGAGUUAUUGGCGCUUGGAGAGCGCAUUGGGGAUGUUUGCACUGGGCUAACUGAAGAAACUAUUUUGAGUCGUUUGAAGCAGCGGAAUUAUAUCAGCAUAAAAACAGAAGAACCUGAGGAAGCUGAACCAUGCUGCAUAUGCCGGGAGGAAUAUAGCGACGGAGAUGGUCUAGGUACAUUGGAGUGUGGCCACGAUUUCCACACAGACUGCAUUAAGCAAUGGCUCAUGCAGAAGAAUUUAUGCCCGGUAUGCAAAACAACAGGGCUUACUACAUGAGGAGGAGGAACCAGGUUCUCAUGUUUAAAAAAAUGGAUGGCCAAAUUGGGAAAUAUUCUUUAAAAUAUUUUCAUUGGAUGGAGUUUGUUCUGGAGGUGAAAUUAGCUCUAGCAAUUAGACAUUUUAUUUAGGACAGAUUUUACAUUAUUGGAUGUCUGGAAAUUUUACAUUUCGUUUUUGAAUUAGUUGGAUACCCUUUGGAGUAUA